AGCUGAGAGUCCCUUGAACUGUCGAAUUUCUGAAAUCUUCACGGAUCUAGAAGGUCCGGUAGGGCUCCCACUUCUGUGCUGCAAAGAUUCAGACCACCACUAGACGGCAGCGUUUGAUCGCCCGAAUUUUGUUAGACCAGGUCUGAAAACUCCAGAACGGUAUAGCCACAAACGCCUGCCUCGAAACCUAUUUCGGGGUGCAAGAGGCGUAAACCGAGUUAAAUCGAUGCCUCAUUUGCGAUCGAGCCUCGUCCACCGAAUGCAAAGCCGGUGCUGAUAGGGGAACAGAUGUGCGUGUGCUCCACGUUUCCACAGGCAGGCGCAUGCUUCGGAUCUUUUGGGGGCGCAUGGAUCGAGAGGAAUGGUCGUUUCCUAGAACCCGGGCACGGGCUCAGUGACCAGGGCACGCCCCACCUCUCCUCUCCGUCCUCUGGAAAAUGCAAAGCUCAAGUCUCGCGAAGCUUGAGGAGCGCCUGCCCAGUUCUCCCGGGGGCGUCCGCUGCCGAUUUCGGUCGCAGAAAGUCUCGAAGCGCUGCGGAGGUUCCGCUUGUCGUUGCCCGUGGGAAGGGAGGGGAGGGGUCUCCUGCCUGGCACGGCUCUUCUGAGGUUCCCAUCCUUUCGUUGCCCCUUUGGCCAUGGGGAAAAUCGGCUUGCAGUUCAGAGCGACUUUGGAAAACAUUACAAACCUCCGGCCAGUGGGGGAGGAUUUUCGAUGGUAUCUGAAGCUUAAGUGUGGGAACUGUGGUGAGGUGUCAGAAAAAUGGCAAUAUCUACGAUUAAUGGACAGCCACCCUCUCAAAGGAGGCCGGGGAAGUGCCACAAUGGUGCAGAAAUGCAAGCUGUGCUCCCGGGAAAACUCCAUAGAUAUCUUAAGUCACACAAUUAAGCCUUAUAAUGCCGAAGACAAUGAGACCUUUAAAACAAUAGUGGAAUUUGAGUGUCGUGGCCUUGAACCCGUGGACUUUCAACCGCAGGCUGGGUUUGCUGCAAAUGGUGCAGAGUCUGGCACAUCUUUUGAUGAUAUCAACUUACUGGAAAAGGACUGGAAUGACUAUGAUGAAAAAAUAAAGGAAUCGGUUGGCAUCUAUGAAGUUACUCAUAGGUUUGUCAAAUGUUGAAACUCCUUUUUAUGGCAAAGAGUAAUUUUCCAUACGGCAAGAUCAUUUAAAUUGUAUCCACAAAAAUCAAAAUAAAAUCCAUUAGUUUUGAUAUUUUUCCCCAGA